UUGGCGUUAGCAUUGGCCUUGAGCCGGUUUCGUAACUUAAUUAAUUACAACUUAAAAGCGCAAUAAAUCGUAGCAAUGGUUUAUUUUAAAGUAAGUCUUAGCUAGUCAUGAACGACAAAAUUAAAGAAAGAUUAGACUCUGGCAGGGCCACCCCGGUGUUCACUUGGUCACCGUUACCCCCGAGAAAGAAACUUGGCUUCACUGAGAAAAACUCGAGUGUUAAGAAUGACCUGCCAAUCUCCGAACCGUAUUAUCCAAACUGCGAAUUUCAAAUUUGGUUACGCUCUUGUGAACAAGAGAUUGAGGAACCUCUGGAGGGUGUCGUUACAGGAUUAAUCCCUGAAUGGUUAAAUGGUAGUUUGAUUCGUAAUGGACCGGGGUCCCUGAAGGCUGGUAAAGAUGAGUUUCAACACUUGUUUGAUAGUUCUGCGUUAUUGCAUAGAUUUGGUAUUAAGAAUGGCACUGUCACUUACCAGUGCAAGUUCCUACGCUCCGAAAUCUACAAGAAAAUAUGGACCGCUAACCGCUUGGUGAUGACUGAAUUUGGCACCAAAGCCGUGCCCGACCCUUGCCACACCAUUUUCCAGAAAGUGGCCACAAUGUUCAGUUUCAAAUCAGACAUGUCAGACAACGCCAUGAUAUCCGUUUAUCCCUUUAGAGAUGAAAUAUAUGCUUUUAACGAGAUGCCUUUUAUUCAUAGAAUAGAUCCAGCAAAUUUGGAUACCUUAGAAAGAGUGGAUCUAAGUCAACACGUUAGUAUAGUCAACCAUACUUCACAUCCACACGUCAUGGAAGAUUCUAGUGUAUAUAAUAUAGGCAUGACCAUCUAUCCUACUGGGCCUUAUUACAGUGUGAUUCACUUUGCAACACGAAGUACUGCUAAAGAAAUGUUUGCCAGUGGUAAAAUAGUGGCCUCUAUUCCAGCCAGGUGGCCCCUAAAUCCAUCUUAUAUGCAUACUUUUGGCAUAACAGAAAACUAUUUCGUUAUAGUCGAGCAACCUUUUAGUGUAUCUCUCCCGGGUAUUUUAGCUCUGAAAUUUCAAAACGAGCCAUUAGCAGGGGCGUUUAGGUGGUACGAAGACCAAUACACCCAAAUAAAUGUAAUCUCACGUAAAACAGGCCGAUUAACUCAUAAAUUCCAAGCAGAAACCUUCUUUUACUUACACAUCAUCAACCAAUACGAAGAUACUGGCUAUUUAAUUUUAGAUGUGUGCGCCUACAGGGAUCCUUCUAUGUUGGAUUGCAUGUAUUUUGAAACCAUGAGGAAUAUGCAAAAUAAUCCGGACUAUGCCAAGAUGUUUAGAGGCAGACCAAUAAGGUUUGUGCUGCCCUUAAAUGCCCUAUCACCAGAAGAAGUAGGGGAAGCAAAUCUGGUUAACUUAAAGGGCACUAAAGCUUCUGCAAAGUAUUUGGUUAAUGGCGAAAUCUUGGCUAAAGCUGAGAGGUUAUGCAAUAUGGGUUGCGAAACUCCUAGAAUUAAUUAUAACAAGUUUCUAGGAAAAAAAUAUAGAUAUUUCUACGCUAUUAGUUCGGAUGUAGAUUCUGAUAAUCCCGGGACUAUCAUUAAAGUUGAUACUGUUACAAAAACUACUAAAACUUGGCAACAGAAAAACUGCUUUCCUGGGGAACCGGUUUUUGUGCCGUCCACCGAAAGUGAUGCUGAAGACCACGGAGUGAUUUUAUCGGUGAUGGUGUGGGGGCAAGAAGACACAAAUCAUGUAGGACUGUUAGUUUUGGAUGCUAAAAGCUUUGAGGAAAUUGGAAGGGCUGAAUUUAGGACCCCCAGUGCCGUGCCCAAAUGUUUGCACGGAUGGUUCCUUCCAGAAAAAUAGCAUUAAACCCAAUCAAAAAUAUUUAGUUCUUGAAGUUUAUUAAAAGAUCUUAAUAUAUGAAAAGAGCUUUAUU